AUGGGCGAACAACGUGCCGGAGGAGGACUCGAAAGCCACAUGCCUACCCAUAGGAGAAACGAUUCGGCCACGGGCGAGGAGCCCAUGCCAGACGCCCCCUCGGAAACCCGUGCGCCGCCAGCAGAGCCUGAAGUCCAGCCAUCACUGAGGGAAGUCCCUCCUGCUCAGGAUCUGCCCCGUGGGACACAGGAUAUCAACGCCAAUGGGUCACUUGCCACACCAGUAGUCGGUCGUCCUUCGCCUGGACUGUCUAGAAACCCGUCCUCCUGCUCAACCAACUCCAACGAGAAGGUCAAUGCCGAAUAUCUAACCGAAGGCCCCAACCGGAGACCGCCACCCACCCGUCGCUCCUCACCACAACCCGCGCGCCCGCUCGAGCCACCAGUAACCAAGAGCACGUUAAGCGAACUCGAUGUCACCAAGAUAAUACACAAUCCCAAGCUCAGGCAUGAUAUCAACUAUGAUCCCGAGCUCCAUUUCCGCCCCAACUUGGACGGUGAAAAAGGGAGGAGAAAACAGGAGAAGGCCAAUCAGUUUUGGAAUGCGCUGCUGGACCAGCUGAUUCUGUUUGUGAUGGACCGGGAAACCUUCAUGAGCAGGUAUGCUGAUGGGAAAUGGUGCCUCCCGGCACUCCUCACUGCGGUUCGGGACAUCAUCGAGACAUUGGUACCGCAGCGGGAGCGGGAACUCCUGAACGAAGGGCUGAAUGUGGAUCUCCUGAUGCAGCAGUUCAACCGUGGCGUUGCCGAUCUCGAGGCCCUAGCAUCGUGGCUAUCGGCUGUUUUGAAGCUGCACUGUGCUCCGAUGCGCGACGAAUGGGUGGAUGAGAUGUACCAGGAGCUCAGCAACGGGAACCGCAACAACGAUCCAGCCGAGCUUGUAAAGGGUAUGAGGAGUUUGCUGAGUGUCUUGGAGGCCAUGAAGUUGGAUGUUGCCAACCACCAGAUACGAUGCCUGCGUCCGGUGUUGAUCGAGGACACUGUGCACUUUGAGCAGCGCUUCUUUAUGAAGAAGAUCCAGUCCAGAAAGCUCAGCGUAUUACCGGCCAGGGAAUGGUACAAGGCUGCUCAGAGCAACGCCGAACGGAUAUAUCAGCACUCGCCCAUGCCUCAUGCGCAAGCCUUUGGCAACAUGUCCGUCUUUUUCGAUGCUCUUUCCCGACUCGUCCUUCCUACCACCCGGUCAGAGACCACGCCUUGCACAUUUGUCUUUGAUGAAGACCGCCUUCUCAAGCUACGCUCCGACAUGUACGACAGCAUCUGCUUGGAGAUUUGCAUGCGCAAGUUCGAGGACUUGGACCGUCUUUCCAAGAUCACUCAUCUGUCCACCAGGGUACCAUCAUAUGUCCGCGAGGAAGGGGCUCUGAGCAAUCGGUCAUCGGGCGAGUUCGUCUUUGUGUCUUCUCGGCCUUCGAGUUUUGUCUUUAGCGACCGGGGAUCUACCUUCUCGUCGCCUCGCAACUCGGGCGAGUUGUGCGCUCAACCAAGCAUGGACUUUGCCGGGUCCCGGACCAAGGCUCUUGACCUGUACAACUCGCUUCUUGCGCUUCUUCACACGGCACCCCCCGCCAACACCUCCAGAGAGAAGUGGAGAGGUCUUGCCGACUCGGUUGCCCUCCAGAUCUUGCGCUACGUCAAUGCGCCACCAUCCCUUCCCGGAUUCGAGGACCAGAUCCGGAAUGCCGUGACAAAUAUCGAGGAGGAACUCUUCCAGGAGGUUGAAGCGCAGUUCCAGCAACGAUUGCUCGCCGAGCUGGCCAAGCGGGUCAACGAGUUCAAGCACAUGUCUGCUGUCUCGCUCUUCUCUGUCGCCACUGGCGGUCGCAUCAUGGGAGCCAACCGUCCCAGCGAAUCAUUGCGCGAUCGCAACAAUGGCUUGUUUGGCGAGAGGGCCCCCCGCGAUCCCCGCGAGGAAGCUGGCAUCGACGACAUGGCCGUCCGCCUGGCGCAUCUUGGUGUUCUUCAUUGGAGGGUUUGGGCCCUGCUGGCGUACGAAGACUCGAUUGAGGAAGAGAUGAUUGAUGCCGCUGCUGUCCCAGUUUUUGAGGCAACGUGA